UCCCAGCUCCACCUGGGCUGGUUAAACAGGUUUGAAAGUCCAAGCGAAAGCAGAGGGUAAGCUGAGCAUUUCCAGAGAAUUAUAGUCGCUAUAGAGAACAACCGUUCUUAAACUGGAUCUGCUUCCUGGUGUUUGGAACAAGCUCAGUUUUCUUUCCCCAGAGCCAGAUGGAGAAGAUGAGGCGAGCCUACCUAUAAACUUGUCCAGAAACAGAUUGCACCUCCGCUUUCCAGAUCUAAAUUGCCCUCCCGGAAGCAGGGAGUCAUCAGGACCAGGGAUAAAUUGCUGUUAUGGCGCCCUAGCUUGAGAAGCCCACUGGAUGCAACUGUCCCCUUGAGAAGAAGUCAAAACUUGCUGGAGAUCUUCCUGGAGGUCCCAAAAUGGCGGCUGCUAUCCCUUUGGAGGAGAUGGUGAUGGUAGCUUUGGGAAAGGACCCGCCUGAGAACCAGGAAGUGACAAGUUACACCCCAGAGCAGAAUUCUGAGGCAACCCUGCCGUGGGAUCAAGCCCGUCAUGAUACGUCUUGUGAGACGCCAACGCUGGAAACGUUGGAGACUGACUCCAGACCAAGUCCUGAGGGGAGCAGGGAAGAGGCCAUUAUGGGGCCUGGUGUGGACAGUGAGGCCUUCUCUGGAGUUCCUGCUACCCAAGUGGUGGAGGAGGAGAAGGAGGAGGAGGAGGAGAAAGAGGAUGACAACUGUAUGCCUGCGGUGGCGGCCCAAGUCUUCAUCCCCAUCGACCCCUACUGCAUCGAACGCACGCCAGUAACCGAGAAAAAGGAAUGGUACCCAGCGUACGAUGAAGAGGAUGAGAUUAUCCGCUGCGAGAGGGAGAACGCCGCCCUCGAGAAGCAGAACUUCAUCUCCCGCGGCUACUCAGCCCAUUUUGAUGACUCACCAAGCUAUGAGGGGAAGGCAGGCAAGACCUGCGCCGAGAGGUGGCCUUGCCUUCAAAACGGCACCUGCAGCUCAGCCAACCUCAAAGCGGUGGCUUCCAUGAUUGGAGCCGCUGUCAUCUUCCCCUGCCUGAUCUACGGGGCAUAUGUCUUCUUGCCCUUUGACGCGCCUUUCAUGCCCACCAUGAGCUCCCGCCUGGUCUACACCUUGCGCUGCGGCGUCUUUGCCACCUUCCCGAUCAUCGUAGGUAUGAUCGUGUACGGGGUCUCGCGGAUCUGCUUCUCCUCCCUGCAGCCCUUUGGUGAGCUGCGCCGGGAGGUGGAGAUCCACCGCCACUACGUCUCCCAGUCGGUCCAGCUCUUCAUCCUGUACUUCUUCAACAUCUCCGUUCUCUCCACUUACCUGCCCCAGGAAGGCCUCAAACUCAUCCCUCUGCUGACAGCCCUCUUUGCCAUUUCACGGCUCCUCUACUGGCUAGCCUACGCUAUGGGCCGCUCCUUCCGUGGUUUCGGAUUCGGCCUGACGUUCCUGCCCCUCUUCACCAUGCUGUUGUUCAACCUCUACAGCAUGUUCAUCAUGGAUCCAGAGAACAUGUUUGCUGUGGCCGACAGCAGUGGCAAGUCCUCCCAAGAGAAGGAGCAGCGCCUGGCAGCUGCCAAGCCUCGGUUCUGGGGCUGAAGAGGGCAGGCAGGGGGAGGGGGAGAGGCCUCAGCCCAGGCCCCCCUUCUUGGAUGGCCGCUGCCUUGCCUUGGACUCUGGCCUUGACCCAAUGGACAUUUUACAUGAUGGCACUCAGGUCUCACUACCUGACGGGGUGCCCACCGUCCCCUGCUAUAGUCCUAAUGUUUGAUACACCUGUAGGGCAAGGAGCCCUCUUCCCCAUUACUUUGAGCCCACUUUGUCCUCAAAACGGGGGCCAAAUUGUAUCCUAUAAUAUUGAAGCUUAUUCUAGACCAGCUGCAAAGUUGAAAUCUGAAGUGCAGGUAGCCUUAUUGUGUGAGAAGUCUGAAGACAGGGACGUUUGUAGGCAGUGCUUUUUUUCUGGGGGGGGGAUGCAGGGGUACGCAUACCCCUAAACAUUUUGUGAAUCUUUGUACUUUUGUCCAUUUACUGUAUUUAUUUCCCCCGAUUUGAAUUAUAAAAUGGUGGUUUUCUUGAGUCAAAAUGAGAAGACCCCUAAACAUUCUUUUAAAGAAAAAAAGUUCUGUUUGUAGGUCAUCAUCUCCUGGAAAUAGGAGGAAAUCAGAGUUACCCAGAAAUGGUUGUGGUAGGGCCAGGCUGUGCAGGAAAUGGACACUACAUAGAACCAUAUAAUUGUAGCAUUGAAAGGGAUCCCAAGAGUCAUCUAGUCCAACCCCCUGCAAUGCAGGAAUUGCAGCUUAAGAACCCCUGGCAGAUGCCCAUCCGACCAGUUAAAAUCCUCCAGGGAAAUAGAGUUUGCCACCUUCCGAGGAAGUCCGUUAAGCUGCUGAAUAGCUCUUGCCACCAGAAAGUUUUUCUUGAUGUUUGAUGUUUCCUUUCUUGUCAUUUGAAUCCAUUGAUUCCUUGUCAAGUGGCCCAACGUGCACCUAGAUUCAUAGGAAAACCUGGAUAUGAGGCAUGCUUCCAGCCAACAAAAAUUUGGGCUGCAAAGUUUGCCUGGUCAGAGAGAUCAGUGUCCCGGUCCAAAGCCAGCCAAAGCCAGAGGUAGAAUGGAAUAGGGUUGCUGGAUCUCCAGGACUGGCCUGAAGUCUCAAGGUUUGCCUAACCCCCUGCUAAGUGGCAAAGGGAAGGCUUGGAUCUCCAAGUGAGCAAGAGUGCAAUUAAUAAAAAAGCAUAAAAAAGAGGACUGGGCAUGCAGAUAGCAAGCUUCAGCCCAGCAGGACCUGGCUGCAAAUUAUUGCACAGACACUAUGGGGUGGUGGUCUACCCUCUCCCAAUUAACCUCUGUCUCUGCCAGUUAUUGCACAGACUCUUGGGAAAGGGGCUCUCCAACCUUUACUCCUGCCUCCUCUCUGCCAAUCAACCUCCGUCUCCAGGGUUCAGUGAUAGGAGGAAAUGCAGAGGAAGAACCACCAGGGGCUUCCCCCAUGACAGGGGCCACCCCUUGGGCUCAGGUUUGAGUCCUGAAGUCUCAGGGUCUGGGAAGCUCCUGACCUGUCAACCCUUGAGUUAAACAUUGGUCCGUGGGGACUUGAUUGCCUCUUCAACUGCCCUUAAGGUACCAGUUGCUGGAGACUACAGGAGAGGGUAUUAAGGUCCCGUUGGGGGCACCUGGCUGACCGCUGUCAGAACUGGAUGCUGGACUAGUUGGGCUGUUAGCCUGAUCUAGCAGGGCUCUUCCUAUGUCUUGGAUUUCUGAGAUGCCACACCCAGUGGCAGCCAGGAGCCGCCUCCUUCCAGGAUGCUUCUCUUGCAUAGGUAAAGGUAAAGGGACCCCUGACCAUUAGGUCCAGUCAUGGCUGACUCUGGGGUUGCGACGCUCAUCUCGCUUUACUGGC